UCAUCCCGCAAAUUCAUAGAAACUGAAUCGGAAUUUUAACCACUUUCAUUUCAAUUUUGGCCUUUAAAUACGAAGGAACCGGAGCAAAAAAUUACCAUUAGCAAAUCCUCAGGUGGUCGUUUGCUCGAAAAUCUUAAAAUUAUUGUUGUACAUUUGGAGAAAACCUCAAAAAAUCGCGAAAAUAAAACAGGCGGAAUCAUAACGCAUUUUUACUCACACACACAUACGCGCCGCACGACAAACAAAUACACAAAAUGGUGAAACGAAAGUCAUCAAAAACGGGAACAACGCGCGUUUCCGGCGGAUCUGAUGCCUCGAAGGAGUCCAAGGAGGAAGGCCCGCGUCCCACAAAGCUCGCACGCACUGCCAGCAAAAGAACGCCCCCGGUGGCACUGCCGAUCCCCACGAGACCCACUGUCGCCGGAAAUUUGCUCGUUUGCGGGCAGGGCGAUGUCGGGCAGCUCGGUUUGGGCGAAGAUGUCAUGGAAAAAUCGCGUCCCGCUUUGUUGCCCGACGUGAAAAAUGUCGUCGAUGUCGCAGCUGGUGGCAUGCACAGCAUCGUUUUGACGAAAGAGGGUGAACUUUAUUCGUUCGGAUGCAAUGACGAAGGUGCUCUUGGGCGUGAUACCUCCGAGGAGGGCUCCGAAUUCAACUGCACGAAGCUAAAAUUGCCGGGAAAAGUCGUCAAAGUCUCCGCCGGCGACUCGCAUACCGCUUGCUUGUUGGAAGAUGGACGCGUUUUCGCAUGGGGCUCGUUCAGAGACUCGCACGGCAACAUGGGCUUGACCCUGGAAGGCAACAAAAAGGAACCCGUUCAUAUUGUGCCCGACAUGACAUGCGUCGAUAUCGCUUCCGGUGCCGAUCAUUUGGUGAUUUUGACACAAGCCGGCAAAAUUUUCACCGUUGGAUGCGCCGAACAAGGUCAACUCGGGCGUUUGGGUAUUCGAGCGGCGAGCGGAGAGUCACGUAGGGGCAAAACCCACUUACUUAGUCCGGAAUUAGUGCAGAUCAAGUUUGGUCGUGUUGUUGCCGACGCUAUUUGGGCUUCAACGUAUUGCACGUUCCUCCGCGAAAAGGAUACCAAUAAAAUUUACGCCUUCGGACUGAAUAAUUACAACCAACUGGGACUGAAAAAGACCUCGGAGCCGAGUUUUACGCCAAAAGUCAACAGUUUUAAUGAUGUUCAUAAAAUUGCGGGCGGCUCGCAUCACACACUCGUCCUCAAAAAUGACGGAAAAGUCUAUGCCAUCGGGCGAAAGGAGUACGGAAGACUCGGAUUGGGCAAAGUUGAGGCCGAUGUCGAAGAAUUGACGGUCAUUCCAAAGUUGGCAGACAAAAAAGUCACGCAUAUCACGUGCGGCGAUUGUACUUCGUUCGCGUUAACGGACGCCGGAGAGGUUUUCGCAUGGGGAAUCGGCACAAAUUCCCAACUUGGCACCGGAAACGAUGAAGAUGUGUGGGAACCGGUUUUGUUGACGGGCGCCCAAGUCAAGGACAAGAGAGUUAUAACCGUGGCGGGUGGCGCACAACACACGCUUUUCACGGUCGAAGACAAAAAAACGCCCGAAACGAAUGGCAAAAAAUAAUUUUUAAUACUUACAAAAUUUCUGUAGGUAAAUGUUGUACAUGAUGAACUUCUGUAGAGUAAUAAAAUCAAUAUUUACGUUUUUUUUUUGAUUUAAUACAUAAAAUCUUUUUUAUUAUACAGCUACUUUAUUCUAAUAAUAAUAGUUUAUAAAGCUCACUUUUUAUUAAUUUUUUUCACUUAUUUUAAUAUUUCCACUUUUUUUGUUUGUUUUUUAAUAUUUUUUUGAUUGUUGAUUUGAAAUAAAUACUUAAAUUAUUUUGAAAUA